AUGCCUCAUGGGGAUGCCUGCUGCAAACCAGAGGAUGGAGCUGGGACUGACCUGCAGCGGCCACUCGUUCUGGAAAGAGUUGAGAAGGAAUCGACAAAGAAAUGGCAAACUGUUGUGUCCAGCUGUUUGAAGAAACGAUGUUCAUGCACCACAAAGAGGGUGAAAUCCAAAAUACUGGGAUUUUUUCCCAUUCUGAAAUGGCUGUUGCACUACAACCUCAGGGACUGGAUUCUGGGCGAUGCUAUGUCAGGACUUAUUGUUGGAAUCCUACUGGUCCCACAGUCCAUAGCGUACUCCCUGUUGGCAAGUCAAGACCCCAUAUAUGGCCUCUACACUUCUUUCUUCUCGUCUAUCAUUUACGCCCUCCUGGGCACUUCCAGACACAUCUCAGUGGGGAUUUUUGGAGUCCUCUGCCUGCUUGUGGGUCAGGUUGUGGAUAGAGAGUUGGCUUUAGCAGGAUACAUCUCAGAAAACAGCAGCAUGGGUCGUAACAGCAGUGGCGUCCUGUUGGCUAGUCUGCAAAACAACAGCAACAAUGAGUGCGACAGAAGCUGCUACGCCAUCACAGUGGGUGCAACAGUUACUUUUACCGCCGGGGUUUACCAGGUGCUAAUGGGCCUAUUUCAGGUAGGCUUCGUCUCCGUCUACCUCUCGGACUCCCUCCUCAGUGGCUUUGCGACAGGCGCCUCCCUGACCAUCCUUACGUCGCAGUUCAAGUACCUUCUAGGCCUGAAGAUUCCUCGGCCCCAAGGCUGGUUUACUCUGUUCAAGACCUGGUAUGGAGUCCUCAUCAACCUUGGCAAGACCAACAUUUGUGACCUUAUCACCAGCUUGGUGUGUUUGGCCGUGCUUAUUCCUGCAAAGGAGUUAAAUGAUCGCUUCAAAUCCAAGCUAAAGGCUCCGAUCCCAUUUGAGCUGUUUGUGGUGAUAAUAGCAACUCUUGCCUCUCACUUUGGUCACUUCAACAGUGAAUAUGGUUCAGGGGUGGCGGGACACAUCCCUACGGGCUUCCUCCCUCCUCAGCUGCCUUCAUGGUCACUGAUCCCCAAUGUGGCUGUUGACGCUUUCUCCAUCGCCAUUGUGGGAUUUGCCAUCACCGUGUCGUUGUCAGAGAUGUUUGCCAAGAAGCACGGCUACUCAGUGGAUGCCAACCAGGAGAUGUACGCCAUUGGUUUCUGCAACAUCCUGCCGUCGUUCUUCCGCUGCUUCACCACCAGCGCCGCUCUGACCAAAACCCUCGUCAAGGAAUCGACAGGGUGCCAGACGCAGAUGUCGGGGCUGGUCAGUGCUCUUGUCCUGCUGCUGGUGCUUCUGGUUAUUGCACCGCUCUUUUAUUCCCUUCAAAAAUGCGUUUUAGCCGUCAUCAUCGUGGUGAACCUCCGCGGUGCUCUAAAAAAGUUCUUGGACAUUCCCCGCAUGUGGCGUGCAAAUCGAAUCGAUGCUUUCAUCUGGUUGGCAACCAUGGCUACCUCAGCACUGGUCAACACCGAGCUCGGUCUCCUAGUCGGGGUUCUGGUGUCAGCCUUCUGCAUCCUGGGCCGAACCCAGAAAGCUCAGGUCCUUGAGCUGGGCCAGGCUGAGACCAGGGAGCAUUAUGAACAUUUGUCAUCAUACCAUGGCCUUCGGACACAUCCUGGAGUGGCCGUUUUCAGAUACGAGGCGCCGAUUUAUUACGCCAACCAGAGCUUGUUCAAGAAGUCUCUCUACAAAAGUGUGGGUCUCAACCCUGUGAAGGAGAAGGCGCAACGUUUAAAGUCCAAGAAAAACAAGCAGCUGGAGGUUGGAGAAACAUCAGCGAUGGAGUCAGGAAACGAAGCAUGUGAGAAGAAUGACGAAGCGUCUGCAGCUAUGCUUGAUGAGAAAUCUUCAAAAAGCGUGCGCAGCUUAGUACUCGACUGCGGCGCCGUCUUAUUCCUCGACACCGCCGGAGUAAAUACUCUGAAAGAGGUGCGGAAAGAUUACGGAGAAGUUGGGGUUGACGUUAUCCUGACCCGGUGUAAUACGUCGGUACUGGACACUUUGGAAAGUGGAGGUUACUACAGCAGUGAAAAAGAUGGUGAGGUAGGAAAGAACAAAAUGAUUUUCUUUACCAUUACUGAUGCCGUUCACUACGUCCAAAACCUCAGUGUUCCUAACGGAGGAUGUGACAACAUAUCUUAAAAUAGAUCCAACAUCUGUCCAAACAUC